CGAAUCCGCGCUCCUGGUCGUCCGCGAUCGCACGUCAAUCUCCGACGCGCACGUCAUCGACGUCUUUUUUAUCUCGACGUAUGGAAGAAUUUUUCAAAGCGAGUUAUCAUUGUUUUUUUAAUUAAAUCGACAAUAAUGUGACAAUCUCUCUGAAAUAUUAUCGAGAAGUCGAGGACCUUUAGAAUCUUUCAGAAUAGGGUGGGUGGGGAUUAACAAAGAAGUGAAAAAGCGAUAUGGACGAAAAGUGAUACGUGGCGGGGGGUGAACACGACGCAGGAUUAUAUCUGAGAACACGGAAUAUAAAUUUACAAUCGAAAUUUUGGAAGAAAUUAAUCGCAGCAAUGUCAACACCGUGCGACGUUUGUUAUGGCGCGUGGAACCGCGAUCCAGCGAUCCGAUCCAGUGAUAUCGUGCCGCGACACUGCUGGUGAAUGAGGACGCGAGGGACACACGGCAACGGCGGUGGCGGUGGCUUUGAAGCAGGUUUGAACGGGCCAGCCGGAAAAAUAUGGUGCACGAGGGCACGGGUCUAUGGCACGCAGCGGGAUUCAACGCAUCGAGGUGGCUGAUGAUCAUAAUACACGGAUACCGAGCCACCACCCUCGUUUUGUACAUCCUGCUCAACGUGUUGGUGCGCACCGAAUAUCCUGCGGCAGUAACGGCGGAAAUAGUCGAUGUUAAUAUAAAUGUUAACAUAAAUUCGUUGGACGGCACAACGGGGAAACCGUUGGACGUCGAUCUACCACCGACUUUGCCGAUGACCUUCGGCACGGAAAAUACAACAUCAGUUUCGGCGCAAUCAGGAUCCACAGCUCUGAUGCCCUGCGUUGUUCACAAUUUAGGAGAGGGCACGGUGUCGUGGAUCAAGCGCAAGAACGUACAAGAGUUACUGACCGUAGGGCUGACGACAUACGCCAACGACGAGCGGUUUCAAGCAAUUCAUUUCCACCACAGCGAGGAUUGGACACUUCAAAUAAAAUACGUCCAACCGAGGGAUGCCGGAAUAUAUGAGUGCCAAGUGUCCACUCAUCCACCCACGAGUAUAUUUCUCUUGCUUGACGUCGUCGAAGCCAGAGCGGAGAUAGCCGGCCCGGCGGAGAAAUUCGUGAGGCCCGGCAGCACCCUGCAGCUUCACUGUCUGGUGAAAAAGUCCACGGAGGUACCGCUAUACAUCUUCUGGUAUCACAACAUCCGUAUGAUCAAUUACGACGUCGAUCAGGGCGUCAAUGUCAGCACCGACCUCGCAAAUCGGGAAAGCUGGCUGGAGGUGCCAAGAGCGUCGGAUCGCCAUUCGGGCAAUUAUACUUGCAAGGCCAACAACGCUCAACCGGCGCGCGUCCUCGUGCACGUUUUCAAAGGCGACAAUCCAGCCGCUAUGCAGCACAGCAUGGCAUCGUCGCCGUCAGUGAUGGCUUGCACCGCUUUGCUCACCAUGUUCGUCACGCUUAAGCUGGCAUUGCAGACGAACUGGACCUUGUGACGCGUGUGAAUGUAAGACUCCGUGCGUGUUGGAAUCCAAAAUGUGUGUUAGCGAAAUUGUGUAAUGUUAUCACUUAUCGUGUCUCAUCCUUUAUCGCGUGACUUCGCGGACUUGUAUCGUGCAAGGAUGUGAGUGCUCUAGUUUACACGCCGAAGUUGUAGAACGGCGGUAUAGCCAUGGUGUUUCCAGUUGAAGACACAUCGUUAUUAUUGAUAUCGGUGGCACCGGAACUCUCUUGGCGCUGCGAGAUUGGCUGUGAUUGAUUACUAUCCCUUCAAGUUUGCCCAAGAACGAACAAAAUAACAACGGAGGACCUCUCAUCAUUUGCGCCAACGAGCUAUUUAGUCCACCGUACGCGCAUUCAAUUACGAUUCAAUGAGGGAUAUGUAACAAUGCAGAAUGCUAAUGCAAAGCGGGAUAAUGUCAUCGUUACAAGAUUAUUAAUGAUCGAUCAUCAUGUGUUUGUCUGUGUAUAUCGAUGAAAAUUUCUGAAUUCAGGAAAUCAGGAAAUAUCUAACAGAUAUCGAUAUAAUAAGAGUAUCAUAAUAAGUCAUCUGUUCGCGCGCACAUAAUUGAACGGUCAUCUGUCGAACCAAAAAAGUUCAAUCCUAGCUUGGAAUAAAGUGCCAUCAUAACUUUCACAUGAAUCGCACUAUGUCAUCCGUUCUUUUGCCGAUCGAUCGCUUACAUUCCGUGUCGCAUGUUGAAACGAGAAAUAUUAGGUCGUAAUGCAGAGGCAGAUGAUAUCGAGAGAGUGUUGGAUUAACUCCCGGUAAGAUAAUAUUUACAAUCGAUCAUGUACGAUUCGCUUGCACAUCUGAUGGAAAAAAAAUUAACGUUGAAACGGAGACAGACACAUCAAUUUUUUCUCUCUCUCUCUCUUUCUCUCAGCAGCUAAUACAAAGAGUUCGAUAAAUACGCCCCAUAACGAUUUCGAUGAACUGGAAUUUCUAUGCGCAUGAAUGUGAAACGUACGUAUACGAAUGAUGAUUAGAGAAACCUUAAUUUAUUUACGCUCAUCGGACAACGUAUGUAAUUACACGGUUAAGUUUGCCGGUAGAAAAAUCACAUACACACACACACAUAUGCGCAAACAGAUACUUUAUCAAGAGUGUGCUCAUCUUAUUUAUGGCACGCGUGAAAGUAAGAUUGAUAACGCGGAUCGAAACUAUUCGUAAUACGUCAAACCACGAUGCGUGAGCAUCAGCGAUCGUCCGCGACGGAUGCAUUAAAGUAACGGCGAUGAUACAUUCGCCGUCAUCCUUGAUCGCACGAUACUACUAGCUAUUUUGUUCGCGACCUGGCAGGUGCCAUAAAUCCAGCAGGUGGAAGAAAUACAGCUCCAAAAAGUUGCGGAAGUAACGUCUUUCCUUACAGACGGCCUAAGAUACUUUACUGGCAAGGUUUUAACGAGGAUUAAGGUUUUAACGAAAAUCUAGGAUGUGAUAUUACCUAUUCUUUGAUGUGCACCGAGUUUGAUGAGAGAUAAACGGUGGACACAAGUGAAAGUAAUGCCGAGACUUAAGCAAACUCAACUUGCUACUAUAUGUUCUAUAGAAUGACUCUCGCAAGCCGCGCGCGCAUAUAAGCGAAAAUCUAUUAAGUGCUCCAGGAUGCGAAAUUAUCGUGUGCCAAGAUUCUUUUAUAAUUAAAAGUUUAUUGAAAGUCAAAUCUAAGAUCUUUGAGCUUAAGCCGUUCGCAUUAGUUAAGUAAAGUAUAUUUGCAUUUGCAAAAAAAUAUUUCCGAUAGAUUCAAUCUUAUAAAUUCAUCAAAAAUUAUCAUAUUAAAAUUUUGUCAUAAAUCUUAUUCUUUAACUAUAUGAUACAUAUAACAACAUGAUACACAUUAUUUGUAAAAUUAUAUAUUUUGUAUUUGUUAUUAACCAGAUUAUUAAGAGAAAGAAAAUGAAAUGAAAAAAAAUUAAAGACAAAAAUCAUAAUCGCAAAUUUGAUCAAUUUGCAUCUUUUAAAUAUUAAAAACGAUGCGAUCGGUUUAAAUAAUGUUGUGCAUAAUUAACGUGGUGAUAAGUGUAGCACAAUAUGUCGCGUUUAUUUGUUUUUCUACUAAUUAAAACAUUAGAUGUAAUUUAUUCAAUAUUUUAUCUUAUUGCUUCAAUCAAUAUUUAAAAAAGAAUAGCAAUCUUUAUUUUUUUAACACUCAGAGAAACGUUCUUUUACGCUCUAGCGACGAGCAUAAAACGCGCGUACUCAAGCGACAAUUUAUCCGACAUGAUUGAUAUUACGAGUAAGAGCGAUGCAUCUGCUUUCCCGAUAAUGAAACGAUAAUUGUUUAAUCGGUCUACGACGAGUGUCACGAUUAGCGACAAUAUUUCCGGGCCGCUGCACCAUUUCGCCAACAUAAUUUUCCGUAAUUUGCCUGGAUGCGACCUUGUGCCGAAAACUAGAGCAAGCUACUAACCUUGCACGCGUGCAUCCCCCAAUCGAAAGUGCAAGCGCUGGCUGCCGAUAAUCCUUAACCGCGCAUGAAUAUCCUGACACUGACAAAUUACGGAGUUUAGAACUUGUUAAUCUUGAUUAUCAUCCUCUUCACAUAUACGUACCAUAUACACAGCACCGUCACUGAUGCGUGCGAUGAAAAAUUGUAAGAAAGAAUUGUAAGAAUGUACGGCUGUACGGACGAGGCCGACAAAGUUAAGAAGUAUGUGUAUAUUACGUGUUUUCGAAAGUUUCUUUUAAAGCCAACGUUAAACUGCAAACUGCCGGAAUCACCGAAUUUAAUGCACAGCAGCCGCCGGGAAGUUGGCACAACGCGAGCAAAACUUGAGCCGACUAUCGCUGAACGGAAAGAAUUAAUUAAUGAAUUGACUUUAGAAACUUUAGGAAUACAUUUGUUAUCAAGAAUUUCAAGACAAUAGUAAAUUCUGGAUGUUUUGUAUUAUCUGAGACUAGUAGCUGCUUUAUAUUCAACAUAGGAAUAAUUGAGACAACUCUUUUUGUGAAUUGCACGUUUAAAACAUCUUUUGGAUAAAAUUCUAUCUGCAAAAAAAAAAAAAAAUUAUUAAUCAAGGAAAAGAUAGAUUAAACGUAAAAAGUUUUGCAGAUUAUAUGUAAAAAUAUUUUUCUGAUAUUAUUGGAAAAGCCACAUUUUUUAAAUGUAGUACUUUCGAUUAUUAUAAAUUAUUACAAGAACAAAUCAUUUUUUUUUUUUAAAUGUUUCUAAAUGAAAUAUCCGAAAUAUUUGGAAUAGUAAAGCACACAAUAUGAUUUCUAAUAGCUCCAUUCUGUUAGUCGGGCUAGAUUUCAGCAAAUUCAAGCUUCACCCGAAUGUAAGUGACACGCAUACAUAGAGUAAUCUUGUAUAUUCGGUCUACGUAGCCGGCGCACAUAAUUAAUCGCGAUAAUCCUGCCGUGAUGCAACGCAGCCUAACGAUAUUAUCCUCCGUCGCUGCGUCGCUGACCUUGUUUAUAACAUUGAAAUUAGUUAUACCGAACGUUCACGAGAGAGAUGUUUCUGGUUACGAAUUGCAAGGAACUCCCUAUGGAUUUCAGCGCAUCGUCGCGCAUGCAACGCGCUGCUCGCGUUUAACCUUGGGGCGGUUGUGCUAGAAAUGGAAAUAGAUGGGGCGGAAAAAAUUUGAUAUUAAUAAAUCCAUUGGAAAAAGAGAAAGGGGAUAAAAAUCGCCAGUCUUAACGAUGAGAUUUCCGAUGCGUAUCAGUUCUACGCGCGCUGCUCCGGCUACAAUUUUCGCUCUUGUUCUCUCUCUCUCUCUCUCUCUCUUACUCGCACGCGACUGCUCUUUCCUCGUGUAUUUCAGUGGUGAAAUAUCGUGGAAAAUAUGUCGCGCUGGAUUUAUUCGCUGUCGAAGCAGCAGGCUCAUGCGAUCAUGACCUAUUGUUCGUUUUUGAUGAUUGCUACUUUUUUUUUGCGCUUUGCCGAGAAGCGAAAUCCGCUGGAUCGCUUCGAUCUACUAGACUUGUUUCGCAAAAUAAAAGUGGCGGUCGUGUCACUGUUCGCUCGUGUGAUGAUUGAUAUUUUUUUGGCGUUUUGCUGAGAAAGAAAAUUCGCGUUUUUAUCGUUUCGAUCUGAUGGAUCCAUGCCACUAGAUAAAAAUGGAAUGAUGGUUUUAAAAGGUUUACCUUUUGUAAGUUAUUCCCUUUUGGAAUGACCGAUUCAAUUAGGCGAGCGAUCAAAAAUAUCGCAUAUAAUUACUUAAAAGGAAUUUAUGAUCGCAAUAAAUUUUUCUAUCUAUCUCUCAGCGAGCAAAAAACCGGGGAAAGACAGCGUAUCCAGUGGUGGGCGGUGCUGCGAGUUUAAAUACAUUGUUUCAUUUACCCCCGUCUCCUCCAUUAAUUCAUUAUCCUGCAAUAGGCGUCCCCAAUGGCCAUAUAUCGUACAUUUUCGACGAGAAUAAUCCCUCGUACUGCGAAUGGCACUCAACAAACGUACCAUUCAGUGUCGUUGAAUGAAGAGUUCUCGCUGAUGUGUGAAAAUCCGCGCAGCGGCUUCUCCCGUAGACUAAGAGAAUGUUAAUGACUGGACAAUGCUUGGAGAAAGAAUCGAUCGCCCGACGCGCGAUUUCACGUAACUCUAAACGAUAAUAUCUCUGUAACUACGUUGUCUGGAAUAUUGUUUAAUCAUUAAGCGUAUAAUAAAUGGUUUAAACAAUUA